GACAAAAUUGCACAUAUGAAUUUAUAGGCGAUGUAUUUGCCUUCAUUGACCACUCGAACAGUCUUAACCCUGUCGGAGCAAGCAGACAGAUCAAUUUUGCUACAAGCCUGGUUACUGAGCUUCCAAUUGGACCCAGUCAAGUGCAGCUAGCUGUGGCGUUUUUCAGUAGCGUAUAUAUCCAACUGCUUGAUUUCAAUUCAUCUUUCAACAAAUCUGAAAUCGUUGAGAAAAUAAAGAACACACCUCGUGAUAGAAGCCUCUCAUAUUUGGGCCAAGCAUUAGAACUGGCUAUUAAAGGCGGUCACUUUACAGGACAUGGACGGAGACCAAAUGUCCCAUUGUCUGUGAUUUACAUAUCAGAUUGCGCGGUAACUGAUCCAGAUCUAGCUGUUGAAAAGACCAAGGAAAUUAAGGAAACUUUUAACGCAACUAUAUUAGCGGGGACAAUUGGCGUUGUCAACGAUACGCUGGCCGAAACCUUCGCUGGCUCGAAGGGAAAUGUCAUUAACAUCAAAGAGGCUGACGCCUUGAACAAAAUUCUAAACAAACUCAAAGUUCGCGUCUGUCGAGCAAUUCCAGAACCAACAACGACAACUAAAGAACCAAGAUGCAUAACUGAAGAACCAACGACAACAACUGCAGAACCAACAACCACAACUGAAGAACCAACAACCACAACUGAAGAACCAACAACCACAACUGAAGAACCAACAACCACAACUGAAGAACCAACAACCACAACUGAAGAACCAACAACCACAACUGAAAAACCAACAACCACAACUGAAGAACCAACAACCACAACUGAAGAACCAACAACAACAACUGUAAAACCACCGCCGUGCCGCAAGAAUUUAUCAUUGACUGUGUGCCUUGAUUCCUCGGGGAGCAUGACCAAACCCGAUUUCGACAAACAGAGACAAGUGGUAACCUAUUUAAUCGACUGGCUAGACAUGUCUGCUGGAAACAUUGAGUUCUCCGUUGCAUCCUAUGGCUCGCACUGUUACCCACCUGUUAACCAUUAUACGAGAAACGCGGCGUUUGCCAAAGAG